GGGUUUCAUCAUUUCUGUUUAAUAACCACACACCAAAAAAAAGUGCUUUGUUUGUUUUGCCUGGAUAGACAGCAGCAGACAGUUGGGAGUUAUGUAAUGUCCAUUUGGAGGGAGCAGUCCAAAGCCGGAGCGUGCUCGGGUUGAGGCGGGGAACCGGAGCACCUGCAAAAAACCGUACACGGGCGUUACAGUCCACCGGUUACGUGGCACAGCUGUAAAUAAUUUUAUAGCUUGAUAGAAUCUCGGCCUGGCGAUUGGUUGCGCGAGUCACGCACAACCACGCCAUUUAUUUUGGUCUGCGAAACCCCCCUCCGCCUCGCGGGGCAUGUGGUAGCGUCCACAACGCGUCACCCAUUGUUUACAAAUCAAGUCGGGUUGUUGGUUAGUGCCGAGCGGCGUGGUGAGAGCGAGAAGCUGCCCAGGGCUCUCAUUCAUCCCAACAACAAAACACCGACACAUCCGACCGGAGACCCGACGAGAACCCGCCACGAUGCCCUGUCGGAAGGAGAACUACAUCUUUCUGGAGCAGUCCGUCACCGUCGGCUCCAAAGAGGUGGACGCGCUGGUGACGAAAAUCGGCGAAGCGCUGCAGCUCCACAACAAUAGCGGCGGCCACCAGAAGACGGUGUCCGUGUCCAUGUCCUGCCUGCACGGGCUCACCAGCAGCGGCGCCGGUGGGGUCAAGCCGGCGGCUAUCAUCGGCGGCAGCACGGGAGCUCCGGUGCAGAAACGCAACGGCUGCUGCAUGAGGCUGCGGAACCGGGGACACCGGGGGAGCAGCAGGGCAAGCCCGUACAACAUCCCCGGAUCUAACGGCGAGCAGGACUGGGACCAAAUAAAACCGUGGAACAAAAAGAGGAUCGCCGUGGAGGAGGACGAUCCGCACCGGCUGCUGCAGGAGUUAAUUUUAUCGGGGAAUCUGAUAAAAGAGGCCGUGAGGAGGCUGCAGUUCUCCGCCGCAGACUGUGGAGAUUUCCCCAAGGCGGCGGACAACGUGCCGUGCUGAUAAAGCAACGGACGAACCGUGGACGGGGGUUUCCGCCGCAGCGUGGCCCCCCCUCGCCUCCCCAGUGGGUGAACGCCAACACUGAGACUGUACACACGGACAGUUUAAAACUAAAUUUCACAGGACUGGUAGCUAUGUUUUCGAAUUACAUGAAUUUUUCAUCGACUCGUCUGUAACGCUCGUUACGCUACGUGGGCUGGCUGUUAGCCGAGCUGACUAGCUAGCCACCCGGCUAAUGAGCCGUGUUGUUUAUGUUUGAAUGUCAACUUGUGGGUCCGACGUUCGGGGUGGGGGGUGGGGGGGUGCAGUGGAGGUUAGAGCCACCCGAAAGCCCACUUUACCGACCUUUCCAUUAGCAUCUUUAGAAAAAGCUAAUGUUAGUCUCCCGAGAUGUAAAAUGAAGACACACAACACGCUUGUGUGUGUGUGAACAUGGAGUCGUUUGAUUCCUGAACAAUGGCUUUUCUUUUCUGAUUCAUGAAUGGUGGAGUGGCAGGAAGUCCUAGCUUACUCGUUUUUUAUAUAUAUAUAUAUAUUAACCACUGCAUCCCGGAAUUUUUUCAUUUGUUUUUUUGUUUGUUUUUUUUGGGGGGGGGGGUCGUGGCUGAAGUUUAAACUAGCCAUUCCCUGCUUUGGCAGACCAUUAAUGUGGGUGGUUGGGUGGUUUAGUUCAUUUUGUUUACAAUCUAAUGCUGGGUGGUAAGAGCCCUUGUACAGACAAGAGAAAGACCUCCCCCCCCUUCUCAAUUCAUUUUGGGUUGUUCAGUGGGUUGUCCUUUAACUGCCCUCGGAGCAGCUCCUUUCACUGGCUUACUCAACCUCAACCACACACGUCAGUGAAAUGAGCCUCGGUGAUGCUGGUCUAUAUUCAAAAAGCUGAUGUUUUAGCCCCGAAUGGCACGUAAUGUUUUCCUAGGGUCCCGCGGACAACACGCUGUGCCUCUGUCAACGGCAGCUCCACAUUUCUCUUCUAAAUAUAUUUUUCAUAGGGGAACAUGGACACCAAACAACAUGUGGGGGGCAUGGGAAAGAGGAGAAAACGCACCCUUUUCCCACAGGGCUUUGGGUGAUGUGUGACUGUUUGUUUGUAAUGCUUGGGGAAAAGGUCGGCCGUCACGUGACAACACUUUUGUGGUGCUUUCACCUUUUUGGAAUUCCAAGGUGGAGUUCUGUUUGUUUUUUAUUUGUUUCUUCUCUGUGUAAAGAAAAAUCACCAUGACUGCUUCGUAACGAAGUAUCUGAUAAUGUUCCUGAGUAUUCAGGGCCUUUUUUUUGUUGUCUUAAUAAACACAUUUUUGUUUUUCC